CGAGGCUUCUGGAACUUCGCAUCCAGCUCGUGAGCGACAAUAUAGACGUGACUUAGCUACAGAAAAUGGUGAAGUUGUAUUAUUAUAGAAAUCAGCGUUUCAGCAGGCUCAAGGCGCAGUGUGAGAAAGAUGAAAGACUAUUUGUGGAUCCUGAAUUUCCGCCAGAGACGAAGUCUUUGUAUUUUAGCCGUGCGACACCUCCGGAGCCAGUUGAAUGGAAGAGGCCAAAGGACAUUUGUGCUCCUGAUCCUCCAAAGCUGUUUGUGGAUGGAAUGAGCAGCCAUGAUGUAACACAGGGGAAGCUUGGUAACUGCUGGUUUGUGGCAGCAUGUUCGUCGUUGGCCCUGGAGCCAUCUUUGUUGGAGAAGGUCAUCCCAGAAAUGAAGCAUCAGGAAUGGGACCCAGAGCAUGUUGGGAACUAUCAGGGAAUCUUUAGGUUCCGGUUCUUCCGGCAGGGCCAAUGGACUGAAGUCGUCAUUGAUGAUCUGUUGCCGACAAUAGGUGGCAAAUUGGUGUACGUCCACUCCACUGAGAAGAAUGAAUUCUGGAGUGCUUUAAUUGAAAAGGCAUAUGCUAAGUUGGCUGGUUCCUACGAGGCACUAGAGGCAGGUAACACUGGUGAUGCCUUGGUAGAUUUCACUGGGGGAGUGUGUGAAUCGAUUAAUCUCAAAGAUGGAGGCUACAGUCAAGAUACAGAAAAGAGGCAAGGCUUAUUUAAGAGUAUGGAGAGAGCGAUGAGGGAAAAGUCGCUGAUCAGUGCUUCAAUAAGGAUCAAAAACAGGGAUGAGAUGGAAAAGCGCACACAAACCGGCUUAGUCAUGGGACAUGCAUAUGGUGUAACAGCCGUAAAGAAGGUCACUAUUGGUGACGGUCUCUUCAGUUUGUUCAAUCGGCAGCAUUUGUACAUGAUUCGUCUGAGGAAUCCCUGGGGACAAAAGGAGUGGAAUGGAGCAUGGAGUGACGACUCAGAGGAGUGGAAAAAACUAAAACAAAGUGACAGAGAAAAGCUUGGAAUUGUCUUUGAGAAUGAUGGGGAAUUUUGGAUGUCAUUUGAAGAUUUCUGCUCACAUUUUACCAAUGCUACCCUGUGCCAUGUGAUCAACACAUCAUUCUUUUCAUUGUCAAAGAGAUGGCGCGUUUUCAAGCACACUUAUCGAUGGACUCCAGGCUCCAAUGCUGGAGGGUGUGUUGAAAAUAGAAGCACUUUCCUUAAGAAUCCUCAGUAUUCCUUCACUGUCAAAGAGGAGGGUGAGGUUAUGAUUUCUCUGAUGCAAGAAGACACAAGGAAAGAAAAAGAGCGUGGAGUGGAGAAUCUGACCAUCGGUUAUUUUGUUAUGAAGGUCGAGGAGAACAGAAAGUACCGUUUGCACACAAUGUUUGAAAAGGCUGGCGACUCCAUUUUCAUCAACGCACGAGAAGUGGUGAACAAGUUCCAUUUGAACAAAGGCAGAUAUGUAGUGAUUCCCUCGACAUACGAACAAAACAAAGCUGGACAAUUUCUGAUGAGAAUAUUCACUGAAAAGUCUUCUAGUGCAAUGUAAGAAGUAGACUGAAAGACUGUUUUAUUUUCCUCCGCUGUAUUCUCGAAAUGUCGCUUUGUAACGCACGAACAGGCCAUUUCCGGUUCGCGUUUUGCCUCUGUUUCAAAACGAUUCCUCGUACAAAACUUUUCUUAUGAAGAUGAGUUGAUAUGCAUGAAAAUGAACUUAGAUACGAAAAGCAUUUUCAUUACAAUGGUUCGGCACGAAGACUCAUUUUGACAUGGAGACAAAGGGCAACUCGGAUGUGGCCUAAGGUGCCGAUAGGUUCACAUUAAUUAGUGUGUUUGUGUUAUUAUUUUAAUUAAUAAUAAUAAUAAUAAUAAUA